CUUCAGUUCUAAACUAUACUUUCUCACUUCGAUAUUCUCCUAGAAAACGUAAGAAAAAUCUGAUCCGUGUUUUUUUUUCACCGGCGAUUCCCUAUUACACCGACGGCCAAAUGGCUUCUCAGGGCAACGGAUCAGGAGCUGUAGGGGAAGUCACGGUUGCCGAUCCUGAGAAGCGUCCCAUCUCCACCAUCGUCAUCAUCAUCGCUAUGCAAACAGAAGCGCUGCCUCUGGUGAACAAGUUCCAGCUUAAGGAGGACCCUGACUCGGUGUUUCCCAAAGGAGCCCCUUGGGUCCGAUAUCAUGGUAUCUACAAAGGCCUUAAUAUUAAUAUCAUUUGGCCAGGGAAAGACUUGACUUUGGGGGUUGAUAGUGUAGGCACAAUUUCGGCUUCUCUUGUGACCUAUGCUUCUAUCCAAGCUUUGCAGCCAGACCUGAUCAUCAAUGCAGGAACUGCUGGAGGUUUUAAGGCCAAAGGAGCGAGCAUUGGUGAUGUGUUUCUUGCAUCUGAAAUUGCCUUUCAUGAUAGAAGGAUCCCUAUUCCUGUUUUUGAUUUGUAUGGAGUUGGUUUGCGACAAGCUUUCUCAACGCCAAAUCUCUUGAAGAAGCUUAACAUAAAGGUUGGCAAAUUGUCCACCGGUGACUCUCUAGAUAUGUCUUCACGGGAUGAAGCUUCAAUUAUUGCAAAUGAUGCUACAAUUAAAGAUAUGGAGGGAGCAGCUGUGGCCUAUGUGGCGGAUCUUUUGAAAGUCCCUGCAAUAUUUGUAAAAGCUGUGACUGAUAUAGUGGAUGGUGAGAAACCAACUGCUGAGGAAUUCAUGCAGAAUUUGGUUGCGGUGACUGCUGCACUUGGUCAGGCAAUUACUCAAGUCGUUGAUUGUAUCAAUGGAAAGUGCCUGUCUGAGCUUUGAGAUUUCAUUCCCUGAAUGAUGAAUGUAUCUCAGGAACCAGGACAUUAGAUUUGACCAGAAACGCAAUGAGUGAAGAAAAACAGUAAUAUCACAUAGUUUAACCAUUAUAUAAACCAAUAACCAGAUUGGAAGGUGAUGUACUUGUAAUUCUAUCGUUGACCAUCACGUUGGUUUCUUUCUGCCUUUCUGGUGAUUUGCUCAUCUAGCAAGUAACUGGUGGUAUACUUUUCAAUGCUGUUUUGGGUGCCAGUUUUUGGAUCCUUUCUGUAAUAGGGAAUGACAUUGAGGUCGUUUAUCUUGCCAAUUCGCGGAACUUUCAAUGCUGCAAAGUGAAUUUGAUA